GAAAUGCAUGUGUCUCCAAGCACGUUUGUGAAUCAUUUAGGAUAGCACCUCCAAGAAUUAGCUUACGGCUAACUGUCUAAUAAUACUAUAAGGACUUGGAUCAUGAAGCUACAGUGACUAAGACAGCUCUCCAAUGGGCAGUGUUCCACAGCAGAUUACAUUGAGUCGACUGAUUCCCUUGCUUCGUAUCCAUGGUUUCAUAUCAGAGAGCACCGUUGUGUUGGAUGGUGUCAAGUGGCCGGUCCAUAGCUAUGGAACUCCUGGAACCCUCCUGAGAAGAAACUUACAGAAGGAAUGGUGGGAUUAUAUGGUUGUAAAACAGAAGAAUACAUUUCCUGUGUCAACAUCACUUAUCUCCUCUUCAUGUCUCGGUGAUCUUGGUACAUUUUCUUCAAGUCCUAGUAAUGGUGCUGAUUUAUCUACAAUCCGAACAUCCUUAAGACCUGAUCUUCUGUCUCAUGUUGCUGCAACGUUUCAGCUCAUGGGAGGCCGGUUGCCUUUUUCACUUGCACAAAUGGGGGUCUGUACCAAUCGGAUGUAUGACCCCAAGUGGGAAGAAAAACUCUUGAUUGGUGGUUUGUUCAACACCGAAAUGAUCAGCCAUUACUACUGUCUUCCUGGAGUCUCGUCUCAAGCGUUUGAUAACUGGCUCAGUUUCAGACUGCGAUGGUGGAAACAGUUUUGUAGAAGUCCUUCCAACUUCACAACAGUGGACAAUGGAAAUCAGACAAAUGGGCACCAGUCAUCAAGAAUUGAAUACCUGUUUCCAUGGGGACCAGAAACGGUGGAGACUGUCACCAAUGAAGGAGAUACAGCAAUCCAAGAGAAGGAAAAAGAAACUCAGAUAAGUCUUCGGGUUAAAUCGGGCCGUAAGGAUGUGCUGCCUCACGUGAUAGAAUGCAAGAUGUGUCUGGAACCGGCCACGGCAGCCUACCUGGUGGAUGCAUUCCAAGAGAAGCAGGUCUUCACAGCCAGCACCAAAACUAGCAAGGAAAGAGAACCUCGACAGGUGUUACAUCUUCAUCGCCACUUGGCCCCAUACAAGGUGGCUGUUGCCACAACUGGUACAAGAUCUCGUGAACUCAGGUUGGUAGGCAGCAAGUGGUGUGAUGAACUGCGAGACUCCACUAUGAUGAUACUCGAUACUUCGGACACUAAUACAACUCUGGAGCUCCAGUUUGUAAGGAAUGAUGCCUUGGGAAUUCCAUACACUGCAAUUUUGAAUGAUAAGACUUUAGACACCGGUGUAGCAAGUCUUCGAGGCAGAGACACAGCUCUCAAGGAACAAGUUCACCUGACCCAAGUACAAGAUUUCAUCAUGAGACAUAUUGAACCUGUGUGACAUCAGUUCAACAAGUGAUGUUGUGGAUCUGUUACUGUAACACAAAGCUGUGAUUCUGUAGGAAAGUGUGAUAUCUGUAACAAUCAAAAGAUUCUGUUGGUGGCAUGAAUCUUUUACAUAUUAGAGGAAUGAAAAGCAAGACUAUGAGCAUCGUUUUAUUAUUCGAGGUCACGCAACACAGAUAUUGUAUGCCACUGAAACCCAGGCAUGUUAAAUUGGCCAACUUUAAAUCAAGAUGUAAUUUUACACCAUCUUGAAAAAUAGGGGGCCACAAUGAUUUUUCACACCCAAAAACACAGGACCUUAAAAAGUAGGUGUUCCUUUUGAUCUGUUUUUUUUUUUAAAUCAUACAAUAGAAAAAUAAUAAUUGGCUCUAGCAAAAUGUUUCAUAUAAAACAUUAUUCCUGUUCUUUUUACUCCAAAUGAAAUUCAUUUACCAAUCUUUUUUCUUCUCUUGGGUAUUUAACCCCAUUGGCUAUUGUAUCUGUCCUAACAGAUGGUUCGAAUUGAUCGACACCAUCCACCUAUUGCAAAAUACAAAAUAUGGGCAAAAUUCAAUCAAGGACAGAUUAUUUAAAUUUUCUUCCACCAAUUAAAAGUGAAUUGGUACAGCACAGGAUGUGUCAUAAAUAUCAUGGACUGCGAUGAACAAAUUGACUUAGAAGUGUGAAUCGAGACCUGAGGACUUCAGCUACUUGUACAACUGAAGAACUUAGGGUUGGCACCUACUUCGAACAUUGUGACACAAUUUCCCCAAGCCAUAGGCGAUUGGAUACCAGUAGGCUGAAUUUGAACACUGGAAAUCGGAUAUGUGACAAUGCAGGAUAUUAAUAUACUUAACAGGAUCACGCGAGACAUGAUUCAAUACAGAGCAUUCUCUAGAAGGACCACUUUUUUUUUUUUAGAAUAUAUUAAUACUUGUUGCUAUAAAACAUCUGUUUGUCUUAACAGAUACUUUGGGAUCAGUCUUUUACAGCAUCUCGAAUAGAAUCUUGAACCAGUCUGCUGUGCAAGAUUCAGAUUCUACAUGACUGGUCCUACAAACUCAACAAUAACCCAUUUUGGGGGCAUUUGUGAAUAGUACAGCCCCUAGAUUCUGGACUUACACAGAACACAAAUAAUCAAUAUGUUGUCAAUAUAUCACCAUUAUACUACAGAUCUGCAAUGACUCUGCCUUUGUAUUGUUGCAACUGCCUGUAUAAAUUCCAUGAUAAAGGUAUAGAAAAUAUCA